UUUUUAUAUAUAAUUUGCGAAUUAUUAAGCAGUUAUUCGAUUUGUACUAAUUAAGGCCGAGCACAUUCGCCCCUACUACGAAGUUACUGUAUCGAUUACUAAAAUACCACAGCAACAAGCAAAUGUGAAUUCAUGUAGCGAAAAAAAUAUAUACUAUUCGGAUAUAUUUUGCGUUUAGACAGUUUGCCGAUAGACAUUGCAUGGAAAUAAUAUAGUUGAGAAAUAUGUUUUUAAAAAAAGAUUAAUAUAUGGCCCAUAGCUUUUUUGUACAGAUAGUGUGUUGAUAAAUAUUGUUUUGUAAGGCGCGUUAUUUUGACUGCACCAAGUCUCAAAAGUGAGGUUAUACUCAUUAAUUCAGUGAAUUCAACAUAACUUCGCUUAUGAAGAUGAGCCAGGAGGCUAAAAAAACAAAGUUAUAUUCUUCGAGAGUUGUCUAUGUUUGUGACCUACUGCUUUUUAAAGAGUGUGACAAAAUUCCUAACAUCUGUGGAAGGGCCAUUCUAGUUCAUAACCUCAUAAGAGCGUAUGACUUGUUGUCACAUAUGCAUCUCAUCCCUUCGGAGCCUGCCUCUGAGGACAUUUUGCUGUCUUUCCAUUCCAGGAACUACAUUGAAUUUCUUCAGAAGGUAGAGGAAAGUAGUGACUUGGAAAACCACGAAGAAGAUUUACUUGAAUUUGGGUUAGCGUACGACUGUCCUCUUGUUGAAGGAAUCUACAAAUUUGUUCAGUCAAUAGCAGGUGCUUCAAUAACCUGUGCACAAGUCCUUGUGGAUGGUUUGGCUCGAAUAGCUAUCAACUGGUGCGGGGGCUGGCACCAUGCACAGAGGGAUGAGGCAGAGGGAUUCUGUUAUGUCAAUGAUAUAGUCCUUGCCAUUCACAAACUGAGAGAGAAGUUCAGCCGCAUCCUGUACAUUGACUUUGAUCUUCACCACGGGAAUGGAGUGGAAAAUGCGUUUUCCUUCUCACCACAUGUUAUGACACUCUCGCUGCACAAAUAUGAGCCAGGUUUCUACCCUGGCUCUGGGGGGCUGUCAGAUGUGGGAUUGGGUCAGGGUCGGUAUUACACAGUAAAUGUGCCUCUCAAGGAAGGUGUCAGGGAUGACAAUUACUUCACUAUUUUUCAAAGUAUAGCCAACAAGGUUUGGUCAACAUUUUGUCCUAACGCCGUGGUGGUCCAGUGUGGAGCAGACUGCAUCAAUGGAGACCCCGCGUGUGGCUUCAACCUCACACCUCGUGGCAUCGGUCGAUGCAUCGAGAAUGUUUUGGCAUGGAAUGUGCCAACCCUAUUUUUAGGUGGAGGGGGCUACAACCUGCCGAACACAGCUCGCUGCUGGACGUACCUCACUUCAAUCAUACUUGGUCUCCAGAUCACUUCGUCCAUUCCAGAUAGUAAUUUGGACUUCAUGUGCUACAGCCCUGAUUUUGAGCUGGACAUCGUUCGUGGCAACCGAUCAGAUCUUAAUACUGCCGAGGACAUGAAACACCUCACAGAAACCAUAUGCAAAACUGAUAUGUCUUGGUGCUGAAUGAAGCAGCUGACAACCCUAACCUAUACACCAUCAAUAAUCUGUUCAGAGAUGAAACUACUAUAAUUGAGGUUGUUUCACCUUUUUCUUGAGGAUGUGUUGACAGUGGCAAGAUUCAUUUAGAGCAGGGGUGGCCAACCCAAAUGAUCUUUCGGGCCACUUUGGAAAUGCAUCAUAACUCCGCGGGCCACAUAUAAAAUUAUAUAUCCCCACAAAUAAUGUAUUUUUUUAAUACAUUGGUUUUCACUACUUUGGCCAUUAUAAAAUAAAUAUAUUUUGUAAAAGUGUGAUGAAUCUCGCGGGCCGGAAAAAUGUUCAAGGCGGGCCACAUGCGGCCCGCGGGCUGGCCACCCCUGAUUUAGAGUAACAUUUAGAAUCCAUUAUUAAAUACUACUAAAAAGGGUAUAAAGUUCAAAUGUAAAUGUAUCCGCAUUCGUGAAGAUUGGUGUAAAAUUAUUCAACAUAUGGGAGAUAUCAGUGGACAUACAGGACAUUGUAAAGUUACAUAUGCAGCAAGGUACAAUGAAAUUAUUUUGUUGCGCAGACAGUGUGUAAUGUCUUAGGUAUAAACUGAGUUUUAAAGUGAAAAGAAAUAAUAUUUACCUUGUGUAGGUAUGAAUAUGGCAUUAUUAUCCAGACUCUGUCAGUCUGUCGAAUAUUUACUGAGACACACCUAACUGACAUAUUUUCUCUUUCACUAACAGUAAAAGGACUAAUUAUCCACUGCAUCUAAAAUUGUUUUACUCAGUCUCGUACCGUUUUGCAUCUCACAUGAUCAAACCAGAUAACGUUAAAUUGGUGGAAGAUGUAGCAUGCUUGGGGAUCAGUGAGAAAUACACAUUAACGCACAGAAUUUCAGUAAGAAAACUGAAGAGAUAUUACUUGAGAGACCUAGUCAUAAAUGGGAGGUUUAUAUUAAAAUGGGUAUUAAAGGUAGUGAAUAUUGUAGUUUGGAAUGAACUCAGUUGGUUCCUUAUCGGAUUGCAUGUCAGGAUCUUGUGAAGAUAGGCGUCACCCUUCAAGAUUCAUAAAAGGGACCAUUUAUUCUACUUUAUUAGAAGGACUUCAUAUUUGUUAUGAUAAGUUAGUAUUAUUACCUUGCAACAAGGUGCUUAUAUUAGAAACAACGCUAACUCUGUCAAUUCUCCAUCUGUUACAGAAAACCUUGAUAAUAUUGCAGAAGGACACAAGUAACAUGAAAAUAACUAAGAUCAGAACUGUAGUUGCUGCAAUCAGUGACGUGUUCACGUUGACUAAUGCUGGGUCAUCUUAAAGUUUAGAGUGGAGACUAGUAAACAUUAAAAUUAUCAAAUUUUUUAUCUUAAUGGCAUCAUAGCCUGUUCUAAAUAAAUUAUUGCCAUUCAAGUUAGUGAGAAGUGUACUGUUUAAUCAUAGCUGUUGAUGCUAUUAUAUCAGGUUCAUAAUUAAUCAUACUCAAAUUCACAUGAGCAACUUUGCUUUCAUCAAUAAGUCUGUUUCCAAAAUCAAAUUUUGUAUUAUUCAUCGCAUAAAAUAAAUUUCAGAAAUAUAAAUAAA